AUGGCCGGAUCAGCCUUGCUGCGCAGUUCUGCGAUUGGCGGCCUGGUGCUGGCAGCCCUGCAGCUGCCCUGGUGCCCUCGCCUUUCUGUCUCAAAACAGCUCUUGGCCGGCUGCUUGCUGGGCUACCUGGCGAGUGUCCUUGACGGCUCGGAGAAGCGACCCGGCUGCCGCAGAAGUCCCUGGCUGCUCAGAGUGGUCCAGCGCUUUUGGAACCAGGUCCUGCCCAGAUUGUUCAACAUCGAUUGCAGCUUGGAGGACGAAGAGGGGCUUCGAAAGUGUGGCCACUGCGUCGUGGCCGUUCAUCCACACGGUGUUCUCUCUUUAGGUCACUAUCUGGUGAUCUCUGGCUUCCAUCCAGACCUUGAGAGGGCUCUGCCCGCAAGCAGACGCUGCGCCUUGAGUGCCGGUGUCUUGUUCAAGCUUCCUGGAGUGCGGGAACUGGCGCUUGGAUUGGGAUGCGUUGAUGCGCAUCGGGAUGUAGCCAAGAGGUGCCUGUCCAACGGGCUUAGCAUAUCUGUGGUUCCUGGCGGUGAGCGGGAGCAGCUUCUCGCACAGCGAGGCAAAGUCGAACAGCUGGUUCUGGCUCAGCGGCAGGGCUUCGUUCGCCUGGCCCUUCAGCAUGGAGUGCCGAUCGUUCCAGUCUACGUCUUUGGCGAGGCACAGCUGUUCAAGCAGUCUCGAAUCCUCAUGGGCUUCAGAUCCUGGGUGCAGCGCACUCUAGGUGUCGCGCUCGUGAUGCCCUACGGCCCCUGGGGUAUGCCGUGGCAGAAGUACCCGGAUCCUGUGCGGAUCGUCGUUGGGAAGCCUCUGGCCAUGCCAAGGAUUCCGGACCCCAGCAAAGCCGAUGUAGCGGAGCACCACUCCAAGUAUGUGGAGGAGCUGGGCAAGCUCUUCGAAAGGCACAAGGCCGGCGCAGGCUACCCAGACUCCAGCCUGCAGAUCGCGAUGGGCCAAGAUGUCGGGCCAUAUGCAGAUGAUCCCAAAAUCUCCAGCGGGAAGGGCAAGGCCAAGGGCAAAGCACCUACCAAGUCUGUCGAUGCUGGAGCCGCCAAGGGCGGCAAGAAGGGCGCUCCCGGGGGGAAGGGCAAGGGCGCACCGAGCCUUUCCAAAUCUCCGGUGGCACCCUCAAAGGCGAUGAAACCGCUGUGGUGGAAGCGGCUACUCUUUGGCACCGACUUGCAGCCGGGUGCCAUCUGGGAGAGGGUCCGUGACGAGACGCAGAGCCUGCCAGCAGAGGAACUCGAACAUCGAUUCGCCAAGGCCCAAGCCCAGGCCCCAUCGAAACCCACUGGGCCCAGUCCUACCGGCGCCUCCGAAGUGAUCCGGAUCCGCACGGAUGCGGUGCAGGACCGGGAGCUCCGACUCCUGCCUUCGCCGGCCGAGUGCGGUCGUGCCUUGGCAGAGCUCGAGGACCAGCGCCUGGCUUUGGAUGAGCUCGAGCGCCUCCAGAGGGCCGUUUGCCCGACGAAGAGGGAGCUCGAGCUCCUCGAGGAGGAGUACUGGGAGCAGCUGAGAUUAAUCCCAAGCUUUGAGCAGCGCAUGGAGUGCUGGCACUUCAUCCGCACUUACCGCGAGCGCGACCUCUUGGACAUCUUUCAAAGCUUGGAGAAGUCGGAAGCCGUCCCUUCCUUGUUGGCCUUGAUCCUCGCCACGGGAAUCUGGAUGAAUCGGGGCACUGAGUUUGCGGCUGCCAAGGGUUUUGGCAUCGAGUUUCUGGAGAAGCUUCAUAGCAUCAAGGGUGCCGAUGGCAAGAGCCUACAGCAUCUGCUGUUUGUGGUGUUCUUCGACUCCUUAGAUAGCCAGGCAGCCGAGUUUGUGGAGGCACUAGGCCCAUUGCUUCAGAACGUCAGCCGCCGCGUCAUCCAAGACUCUGAGGAGACGAAGAUCAGCAAGGCAGUGCAUCUCUCUUUGGAAGAGUGUGAUGAGGCUGUGUCUUCCAUUCAUGAGACAGCAUUGGAUAUCCAAGCAUCUCUGCAGAAGUGCACAGGAGGAUUAGAUCCGUCGGACCCCGUGAAGCUUCGCCUGCAUCGGGAAUUUGCGACGGCGACGAAGAUGAUCGAGAGCUUGGUGCAGCUGCGCAACUCCGUCAAAAGCCAGUAUGAUCGUGUGCUCCAGUGGUUUCAUGCACCCGGAUGGAGGAGUGCCGACUUCUUCCUUCUCUGGGACAACUUCCUGUUGCCCAGCGAUCUGCUUGCAGCACGAUGCCGCGAUGGGCAGUCUCCGGCUCCAGAUGCAAGGUCCCUGGAUGUCGAGGCCACCUUCUGCCAGGCGAGGGCCUCAGGAGCUCUGGCAGCAGAGAGCUUAAAGUGCUCGGACGACCGCUUCCUUGGGGCGGUGGAGGGGGAAGGCAUCGAGGAGCUGAGGUUGGAGGAGCUCGGGAGGGACCUGGCAGAGGAGGGCGAUCCACCGUUUCAGAGGACGCUUAUGCACGAGGCGGACAGCCUUCGCCUUACCAUGCAGAAGGAGUUGUUGUUCAACCUGCUUCAAUUUCGUCCUUUUCCUGCAGCAAGGACAAAGUUCUCUGCAGCUGCCAUCGCUGACGCUGAGCAGCGGAAGGUUGCCAGAGAGGCGAGUGCGGCCCGAUGGUCGGUUCUGGUACAGCAGCUGCCCAGGCAAGAGGAUGUGGUGCAUCUACUCGAGGACCUUGAUCUGGCAAAGGACAGCUCGGACUGCACGGUUCAGCAGCUCUCAAAGGUGGAGACCGAUGGAAAGGAUACGCUGCUAGCGGAGGCCAGCGAAGGCCCGGAGAUCUCGUUUCGGAGGGCUCUGGACGCUGAGCGGCUCCUCUUCACAAUGUCAAUGAUGACCUACAGGCAGAAGGCGACGAGCUGUGUAGAAGGGCUUGAGGACUUUUUGGACGUUGUCGAGUGCUUUAAGCACUCAAAGGCCUUGCCGGAGUACUUGAGCCUUAUCCUGGCCACGGGCAACUACCUGAAUGGAGGCACACCUCGUGGACAAGCAGAUGGCUUCGAUUUGAGCGAGCUCGAGAAGUUGACAGGAAUCCAGGAUGCUGACGGCAAGGAUUUGCGACACUUCGUGCUCCAGGUAUUUUGCCAGCAGAUGCCUGUCCAGGCAGAGCAGCUAUUUGCGGAGCUUCGCCCGUGCUUCCUGAAUGUGAGGAGGAGCAUCUCCAAGGAUGCAUUGGGAACGGCAAAGCUGUCGAAAACUGUGCUGCAGGCAAUUGAAGCGCUGGACGAGGAGGUUUCGGCACUGCAAGUCAGCUUGAAGCAGGCUGAGGAGGCCGUGAGGACUGUGGUCGGCAGCCAGACCUCACCUGCAGCUCAUGAGCGUCUUACUCAGAAUCUUGCAGAGGCGUCUGCCUUCGUCAACGAGACCGUGGCCUUCAGAGACGAUGUGAAGGCGGCCUUCAGACAGCCGUGGUUUAGGGUUUAG